AUCAUCUUCCACUUAGGCACAUACACAAGACUCUUUUAUUAUCUUCUUCUCCACCAGUCACCUAAUUAAAGAGAAGAAUCAUCUUUCACAAGAUCAAAAUGGGUGGCUCAAAUCUUGAAAACCUUUCACUAAUCACCAUUCUCAUCAUUGUAUUACCUUUUUGGUCUUCAAGAAUUAAACCUUGCCAUGCAAGACAAGGCAAGUACUGGAGGCAAACUGCCUCAACAGUCUCCAUGUCUAUGCAGAGUCAUCAUCAUGCCCGUGGCUUGUUUAAGUUCACGGAUUCUUAUUACAUUUCGCCAGAUGAAACUAUGGCAACCCAGAAAGGAACGAGCUCCGCUGCCACCUUUAAUGUCCUUGACUAUGGUGCUAAAGGUGAUGGACAUACUGAUGACACAAAGGCAUUUGAGGCAGUGUGGGCAGCUGCUUGCAAAGUAGACGGGUCAACCAUAGUGGUUCCAUCUGGGGCUGUUUUCCUUGUGCUGCCAAUAUCUUUUUCAGGUCCUAAUUGUGGAGAAAAGAUUAUAUUUCAGUUAGAUGGCAAGAUCAUAGCUUCUACAAGUUCUGGAGCUUGGGGAUCAGGCCUUUUACAAUGGAUUGAGUUCACAAAACUAAAAGGGAUCACAAUCAGAGGUAAAGGUGUCAUUGAUGGACAAGGUUCAGUCUGGUGGAAUGACCUGCCAACAUACAGUCCAGAUUCAGGGCAGGUAACCAGUGAGCUCAGUGCAAAAAUGCCUAGCACCAAGCCAACAGCUCUAAGAUUCUAUGGUAGUACUGAUGUGACCGUUACUGGGAUAACAAUUCAAAACAGCCCGCAAACCCAUCUCAAAUUCGAUGAUUGCAUAUCUGUUCAGGUUUCUGGUUUCACUGCUGCAUCCCCUGAGAACAGCCCACACACGGACGGAAUUCACCUACAGAACUCCCGAGAUGUGGUUAUUUACAGCAGUAAUCUUGCUUGCGGGGAUGACUGUGUAUCUAUUCAAACUGGAUGCUCAAAUGUGUACGUACACAAUGUAAAUUGUGGACCUGGACAUGGCAUUAGCAUUGGAGGCCUUGGGAGAGACAACACCAAAGCCUGUGUUUCAAACGUAACUAUCAGGGAUGUUGCAAUUCAAAACACAUUAACCGGAGUCAGGAUAAAGACAUGGCAGGGAGGCUCAGGCUCAGUACAAGGAAUCACAUUCUCAAACAUUCAAGUUUCUGGAGUUGAAACUCCAAUCAUGAUUGACCAAUUCUACUGUGAUGGCAACAAAUGCUCAAAUAAAUCUUCAGCUGUGGCUGUGUCAGACAUAAACUAUGUAGACAUAAGAGGCACAUACACAAGAAAUCCUCUACACUUUGCCUGCAGUGACAAUUUGCCGUGCACUGGUGUAUCACUAGAUACGAUAGAGCUGAAGUCAGUUGGAGAAGAUGCCCAACCUUUCUGUUGGAACGCAUAUGGAGAUCUGAGAGGAACAACUGUUCCUCCAGUUCACUGCUUGCAAUCUGGCAAAUCAAGCAAGCCUGUUGUUUAUUGCUAAGCUUCGCCCAGGGAACUAUAGAUAUAGCUAGGUAUGAUAUAAUUUUUACACCUACACAGACGCUUGUCCCAGUCAAUAGCCAAAACGUGUAGUCCUCAGGAACUUUGCUCCAGGCCUGAAUGAUUAUGCAAUUUCUGUUUUUAGAAGAUAUACAGCAUUAUUAUUCU